GUCUAUUACGUCAUGUUGAACGCCAAACCGAGACUUCGGUGCUUGAGAGGCUACAAUACCAGAAUACUUGGAGGAGAGAGGCUUUAGAUUUUACUUUUGCCGUUACGAAACCGGGAUCCAUGUAGCCUAUGUAAGUAACGUAAUGUACAUACAACUACACUAGGUUAGAGCCUCGGAUUAUACCAAGUUCCUAGUUACGCCAUCUGAUGAAAAUGUUGUUUUCGUCAUCGGUGCCGUUAGCUUGACGUUAUAAGAAGACCUUUUUCUCAACACUCUCCUUCUUCUUUACUCGCAAAAUCAUUAAGAAUUUCACCAGCCAUAUUUACCAUCUACAGUACAGACGAUAAUUCGAAUUAAUUAGUUAAACGUCAUUAUACGCCUAGUUACAUCUAAUUAUCAAACUGUAAUAUCUGAACACACUCAUCAUGUCUCUUCACUAUCUUCCUCCUGUUAAGCCUUCGGCCAUCGCCCUCGGCACCGUCUUCAACCACGGUAUUGAACUAGCAGUUCUAUCCCCGCUAUUCGGCCAGACCUACCAGCGAGCCAAGGCCGCCAACACUAAGGAAGAGUUCAUCCGAUCGAAAGAAGCCGCGUCGACUGCUGCCGCUAUAGGAACCUCUCUGGUCGGCUCUGCCCUGCAAUCAUACGGUGUGGGUGCCCUCAUCAACGCAACCGGUACUCUUAGCUACAAGGGCGCCGCUUACCUAGGUGCCCUUAUCUUCGCGGCUUCAUCCGCCCCUACAUACCUUACACAGCUCUUCACUGAGAAGCGACCUCUUGACACUGUCGCGGUCGGUGCCACAGCAAAGAUCUUCGAGACUGUUGGCUUGUCUCUAUUCCUCACCUGGUGGGGAACCCGAACCAACCCUUUCGACUAAAUUAGGAGAGUAGGAGAGGUUGAAGGGCCUGUGCUUAUUAGUUUCCUUACGGGUUGAUAUAAUGCUAGGAAGUCGUAUGGAGUCCUCGAGCUAUUACUAGUUGUAUAAUAAAUAAAUCAAUAAACGUUCACGAAGAAUCAU